CACUCCUCAAUUAACUGACCAGCUUCAAUAUGAAGAUCGCCCUCCUGUCCGUCGCCAUCGUCACCAUGGCUUCCGCCAUCACGGCUCCCCCAGAUCUCAAGUCGACCAGGUACUUUCCGUCCCACCACCUAAUCGUGGGUGGAGUGGAAGCAACGCCAUACGAAUUCCCGUUCAUCGUAGACAUGCGGCUCUCCUCAUACGGUCAUUGGUGCGGCGGAUCCAUCAUUUCGCCAGAAUGGGUCAUUACGGCUGCGCAUUGCACAAAGGAUGGGACUCCAUCUGACUAUACGGUCACGGCGGGGGAGCAUAACAUAUCCUCAUUCGGGGUCGAAGGGACAGAGCAGCUAAGACGGGUCAUCAGCAUAAUUCCUCACCCAAGUCAUGGCAGGUUAGGAGGUUUCGCACAAAUUUGUCACAAAUCCCUUAUGGCUGAAGCAAGAAAGGUAGAUAUUUGGAAAAUGGUCGUAUGGGAAAAUUUAAGAAUUUAUUAUACCGCUGAAACGGUGUAAACCAGAGAAGCAAGAACACGUGUGUUUGGUGGGUUAUCGAUCCACACCCUGAGUGUGACGAGACCUAAACGUUUUGAGCGUUUGUUGGCCAGGACUUAACCCAGCGAGAGACUGGGGGCGUACAUUGCGUGGUAUGGAGGAUAACUAAAAACCCUGCUGAUUAUGUUUAACACAUAAUCUGGAAACUUUGAGUACACGUAAAAAACCCAGAACUUUGUUAUUGGGAGGCGUAAGAAAUUACAUAAAUAAACUAUUCUUAACUCCAUAGUA